AUGGGGGAUGCAGACGUGUCGGGCAAGGCACCGCCACGUGCCCCCAGCCCCGACCCCCCGCGCGAACCGGUCUCGCUCGCCUCCUCCCCCGCCAGCGCCCCACUCUCGCGAGAUCCGCGCCCCGGCAGCGGCCGCCACGGGAAGGCGGCAGGAGGAGGCGGCCAGGGGCACGGAGGGAACGGCCAGGCGGGAGCGUCCACACUCAGCGAAGAAAAGGAGCGAGAGAAUGCGGCCAACGGGAACGGAGGGCAGCAAUCCCAGCCCCAAACGGGCACGAGCAGCGUAACAGAGACAGAUGAGAACCAGGAGGCCAAUGAACACCAGAACACAAACGUGCCUGAACAGGGCAGCGAUGAAGAGAAGAAGAAGAAGGAGGAGACUGAGUCACAGAACAGUCCAGGCCAAGGCAAUGGCACGGGGGAUGGCCAAGACAGCACAGGCACCAAUGGGGCUGGUGGAGGCAACGGUGGAGGUGGAGAGGGACAGAGCAACGGAGGCCAAGUCGGCAGCACUGACAACCAGGCCAGCAGCUCAGGCAACAGCAUCAGUGGCCAGGGCGACGGCACCCAGACCCAGAGCAGAGACCCCCAGGGCCAGGGCGACGGCCAGCAGAACCAGGAGAACCACGACAGCAACAGUGACAAGAACAAUGGCCAGGGUGGUGGCAACAACAACAGCCAAGAUGACAAGAAGGACAGUGCCAAGAACGAGACCAGCAGCCAGGCCAGCAGUAACAAAAAUGGGGCUGAUGCCCAGCCUGAGAGUAACAAGAGUGAGGACAACAACAAGAGCAACGAAAAAACAAAUGAGGACAAUACCCAGAGCAACAACAAGGACCAGAGCACCAACCAGGGCAGCAGUGACAGGAACAAGGAUGGCAAGGAUGGGGGCACCAACCCCACAAACAAGAACACCAGCCAGGACGGAAGUGACAAGCAGCAGGCCCAGAGCCAGGGCAUUGCUGGUGAGAACCAGAGCAAUGCUGGUGACAGCCAGGGCAGCGAUGGUGCCAAGCAGCCUAGCAGCCAGGACAAUCAGAACUCCCAGGUGGACCAAAACCGCCCCUCACAAUCAUCUUCCUCCACUGCGGACGGCGAUGGCUUUUUGGGCAACGAAGAGACCCCCGAAGAGGAAAACACUGAGACCGAGGAGAGCAGGGACACCUCCUUUGAUCAGGAGAGAGGCAAGAGUGUUCCCUCCGUGCCCAGGGCCCGCUCGGAGAGCAGCCACUUCUUUGCCUACCUGGUGACCACGGCCGUCAUCGUGGCCGCCCUGUACGUGGCCUAUCACAACAAACGCAAGAUCAUUGCUUUUGCCCUGGAAGGAAAAAGAUCAAAAACUGGUCGACGGCCCAAAUCUGGUGAUUACCAGAGACUGGAUCAAAAGAUCUAAGGUCCUCCUUGGACAUUCAAUGGGAUGACAAGAGCCAGCGAUGGGAAUGCUGUGCUGCCACAGUUGGAUUUCAGUCCUCAGGAAGGAGGGGAAACAUUUUUUUGUUUUGCACCUGCACCUUGAUAAAGCCUCUCACUUUCCUAAAUUUCUCCUUUCCCAGCUGCCUUGUUUUCCCCUUGGGCAUCUGGCUGCAGGAAAAGCCAGUGCCAGCAUUCCCAGAACUUGUGUGUCCCAAUGCAAUGGAAUUUGCCAUCUGCUGGACUGACCCCUCCUCUUGGGGAGGAAAUUAAGGAUCUGCUGCGCAAAGAGCCAUGGCAUUGUCCCCUUACCUGGGCAUGGAGCUGCUGUGGUCACCUCCUCUUGCUCCGUCCGUUGGGUUUGGAUGCUCAGGUUGGGACCGUGGUGAUUGCACUUAUUUGGAAUUGACCCACCACAGACCCAGAUUUGGGGCUUCUCUCCCUAAUUGAGACAGUUUUCCAGUUUCACGCCUAGAUUCCUUUUUUCAUGCACAUCUUUGGCUGUCUUGGGGUAGUUUUUGGGGUGUAGCUCCAACCCUUCAUGCUCCACGCGGGUGUUUUUCCUCCCAGUCCUCCCAGCUGAGCUGUUUGCACUGGAGGUGCUGGUUGUGGUGUGGUGCUGUGCAGGAGGGGGUCAGGCUGGGAAAGCUCCAUACCCAGUCAGUGUUGCUGUAGCAGGAGCCACCUGGGGAGGUUGUGAUUGUUUCCUCUCCCUCCUCAAACACAGGAAGGAGGGAAUGUAAAUACCUGAGAAGUUUGGGAUGAGUGAAGCUUCCAGUCCCUCAGCCUGCUCUCCUGGUUCUGUUGGACUGGUGCUGGUUGGAUCGAGGGCUGCCAGAGGUGUCGGUGCCCCAGACACACCUGUGAGGUGGGUUUUAUCCCUGCAGUUCUGCUCCCAGGAGGUUUGUUGAAACUGGGACAUCUCUGGAGAGGGCACAAAGUGCCUGCCAGGCUUUUGCUUUGAAUUUUUCCAAUAUAGGCAGAAAAAAUUGGAUUUGAGGAAUUCAGAACUCUUCACAUGGGUCCCCACCUGCGCCUGGAGCCGAUGCCAGCCGUGUGCCAGUCCCCUACUUGCUCACUGACUGCACAGGAAUGAUCCCUGGGGGUUAACUUUCCUCGUGGGGGGGAUGGGAAUGGCUUUUUUCCGGCCUUCCCAGGGUUGGGAAGAAUUGGUUACCUGCCCUUUGGUCAGCUUGGACAAGGGCAAAGCCUUUUCCUGGUCACUGUGAAAGCUGCAGCUCUAGUUUGGAUUUCCUAAUGGCCCAUUCCAAGGGGGGAGAGGGGGCUUGACCCUCUCCAAACUCAAAAAUCCUCCUCCAUUCCCUUUUUACCAGCUGUUGACAAGCACAAGGGGUGGAAGAGGGUCCUCUUGGCUUUAAAGAGUUCUCAGAGUUUCCCUGGGAAACUUCUCAGAUGCUGAAAGUACUUCAGGAACUGUUUGGGAGAACUGGAGGGGGAGGUGGAGGGAAGAGAAGGGAAACAGGGCUGGGAAUGUAACCCUUGGGAAGAAGGGUGGGAACUCCUGCACCAAGCCUCCCUGCUCCAGGGAUGCCAUGGGAUCAGCCAGGCUCACUGGGGGUCUCAUUUAGGGCAGAGUGUGGGGAGGGGGCACUGACUGUUGGCUGGUGACAGCAGGGGGACAAACUCUAUUCCAACGUGUGGAAUUCUGUGUGUUCCCGGGCUGCUCCAGCCAGGAUUUUUGGAAUGUGUGUGCUUUUUGGUGUGUGCUCUGUCCCUGCUUUGUCCUUUUUUUUUUUUUUAAAUUGAGUAAUAAUUUAGAAAGGGUUUUUUUUUCACCAUCUACUCGCUGCUCUAUCCUGGGAGCUGUUUCAAAUCCUCUCUUCUCCAGGCUGUGGGAAUCCCACCCUAGUGCCAGCAGGGGAGGGAAUAUUUUGGACCUCAAACACCCUGAUCCCAGGCUGGACUGAGCACAAGCUCGUUAGGGUAAUGAGGAUGUACCUCACAGCUCCAGGAAGCACCAAAAUCUCCCCCCUCAGCAAUUCCCAGGGCCAUCGUGUUGUACCAACAGCCCAGGCUGUCCAAAACCUCUGGGAAUCGCUCCCAGUUUGUUGAGUUUUAUGGUAUUUAUUUUAUGCAAAUGUUCCAAAGGUAUCAAGGUACACAGAACCUUUUCCCUUUGGACACACACAUUUUCCAUGGGUGGUGUCUGUUGGUACAGAGGGUUUUUUGCCAAAUAUUUCUGCUUUUUAGGCUUGAACCAGCACAUGAUUUGUUUUCUGCUGCAGUGAAAUGCACCUUGCUUGGAAGGAUCAGAAUUUUUAUAGUUCUUUGUACUGUUUUUUGAUUUUCUGUGUGGCGAAGUCAAUAAAUGGAUUUAAAAAGACCC